GCAUUAUUUCUCUCUCUUCUCAGACUCAUAUACACUUCCAAAAUCCUUAGAAAAAAACCAAACCCAUUCUCUCUCUCUCUCACACCCUAAUCCCAUCCUUUUUUACAUUGCUGCAUUCUUCUUCUCAGAUGCCUCAUGUGAGAUGAGGAAGAAAACCUAUUCCGACUUGUCUCUCUUGCUCAUUCUGGUUGCUCAGUCCCUCUCUGCCUCCUCAUUCUCACACAAUGGACCUCUCACCGACGCCCAAGUCUCUUUCAUCAAGCAGCGUCAGCUUCUUUAUUACAAGGACGAGUUCGGUGACAGAGGAGAAAAGGUAACCCUAGAUCCCUCCUUCGUCUUCGAAAACGACCGUUUGAAAAGCGCUUAUAUAGCGUUACAAGCCUGGAAGGAAGCCAUUCUCUCCGAUCCCAAGAACCUCACGCAGGACUGGCUGGGACCCAAUGUUUGCAACUACUCCUACGUUUUCUGCGCUCCGGCUCCUGACAACCAUAAGAUCCGCACCGUCGCCGGCAUCGACCUCAACCACGGCGACAUUGCCGGAUACCUUCCUGAGGAGCUAGGUUUGCUCACCGACCUCGCUCUUCUCCACAUCAACACCAACCGUUUCUGCGGCACUUUGCCGCACAAGUUCGACAGGCUGAAACUCCUCUUCGAGUUAGAUCUCAGCAACAACCGUUUCGCCGGGAAGUUCCCCGACGUGGUGCUGCGUUUGCCGCAGCUCAAGUUUCUAGAUCUGAGAUUCAACGAAUUCGAAGGCACGGUUCCGAAGGAGCUCUUCGACAAGGACCUGGACGCGAUUUUCAUCAAUGACAACCGCUUCGUCUUCGACUUGCCGGAAAAUUUCGGAAACUCGCCGGUGUCGGUGAUCGUGCUGGCGAACAACCGCUUCCACGGAUGCGUGCCGGCGGGAAUCGGCAACAUGAAGAGGCUGAACGAGAUUAUUUUGAUGAACAACGCGUUCAGGUCGUGCUUCCCUGCGGAGAUAGGGUUGCUGCAGAACUUGACGGUGUUCGAUGUAAGCUUCAACCAGUUGUUGGGGCCUUUGCCUGAUGCUAUUGGAGGUGCGGUGAGUUUGGAGCAGUUGAAUGUGGCGCAUAACUUGCUGUCAGGGAAGAUUCCAGAGAGCAUUUGUAAGCUUCCGAAUCUGCAGAACUUUACUUACUCUUAUAACUUCUUCACUGGCGAGCCGCCAAGGUGUCUCGCUUUGCCGGCGUUUGAUGACCGCCGCAACUGCCUCCCGGCUAGGCCGGCCCAGCGCUCCGCCGGGCAAUGUAAGUCGUUUUUGUCGCACCCUGUCGAUUGUAAUUCGUUUAGGUGUAAGCCUUUUGUUCCUUCAUUGCCUCCUCCUCCUCCUCCCUCACCACCAUUGCCAUCGCCGCCGCCACCGCCGUCGCCAGUUUACAUUCCUCAUUCCCCUCCACCGCCACCACCGCCGGUGUAUUCACCGCCUCCUCCACCGCCACCACCGCCGGUGUAUUCACCGCCUCCUCCACCACCAGUGUAUUCUCCGCCGCCACCACCACCAGUGUAUUCUCCGCCGCCACCACCUCCAGUGUAUUCUCCGCCGCCACCACCACCUCCAGUGUAUUCACCUCCACCUCCGCCACCACCUCCUCCUCCACCACCACCGGUUUAUUCUCCCCCUCCGCCACCACCUUCUCCACCACCACCGUCCCCGCCUCCUCCUUCACCACCACCAGUCUAUUCUCCACCGCCACCGCCACCGCCACCUUCUCCACCGCCACCAUCACCUCCUCCGCCUUCACCUCCACCACCAGUCUAUUCACCUCCUCCUCCACCGCCUUCACCACCGCCGCCCUCGCCAACAUAUUGUGUAAGGUCUCCACCGCCACCUUCACCGCCUCCACCAUCACCUCCACCUCCACCACCUCCAGUAUUCUCCCCACCACCACCUGUGCAAUACUACUAUAGCUCACCACCACCUCCGCAACACUCUCCGCCGCCACCUCCACCACAUUCGCCCCCACCACCACCACCUUCACCGCCGCCACCUGUUUAUCCCUAUUUAUCACCACCACCACCUCCUCCAGUUCACUCUCCUCCCCCUCCAGUCUAUUCUCCACCACCACCACCCCCAUCUCCACCACCUUGUAUAGAGCCACCUCCACCGCCACCACCUUGUAUAGAACCACCACCUCCACCACCAUCCCCACCACCAUGUGAAGAGCAUUCACCACCACCACCAUCACCACACCCUGCACCUUACCAUCCACCACCAUCUCCAUCGCCACCACCUCCCCCGGUUCAAUAUAAUUCACCACCACCACCAUCACCGCCACCUCCAACACCUGUUUAUCAUUACAAUUCACCGCCGCCACCGUCAUUUCCACCACCUACACCUGUAUAUGAAGGGCCUUUGCCACCUGUCAUCGGAGUCUCAUAUGCAUCUCCUCCUCCACCACCCUUUUAUUGAUUCUUUUGAGAACUUUUCUCCUCUAACCCUUCCCCUCUACCCUAGCAAAGACGAAAAAACAAAAACACCCAUUCAAGUUCAGUUCAUACUUUUAUUAUUAUUGGUGGCCAUUUCUUCUGUGCCCUCUUCUUCCUGUGCCAGCCAGGUCAUGUACGCGACUCUCGUCGCGAAAAAUAAAACCUGAGAAAUCGAGAAGGGUUUGUGUAAGGCUGCAUACAUGUUUGUUGUAAUAUGGGAAAACAGAGAAGAGGUUGUUACAGUGGAUUGAGGUAAGAGGAGAAAGUCUCUCCAUAUUGAUUUGAAUUGUUAUGGAUAUUCAGAGUUGUGAAAUAAAAAUGGCUGAGAAAGAGUAGGUUGCAGAGAAAUGUGUAUGUAUAGGGAUGAAUUUGGAGACCAUAAUUCAGGGUUGCAUAGACAGUAGUGACACUUUCUGUUGCUGCUGCUGCUGCAUGUUUGUGGAGUUUAUUGUUAUUGUGUCUCUUAUAUCAUACUUUUUUUUUUGUUGCUUUAAUUUUGUUUCUUUAUAGUAUAAUUUAUGAACAUUUUACAUGUAUUGAUUUUCUGAAUUGAGGUAAUUCCUUUCUCGUAUCA